AUGUCAUCACCUCCUCCUAAUUGGGAUCUUAAUUGGGAUCCUAUGGAUGGUGAUAGUAGUGAUGAUAGUACUGAUGAAUCAAUUGCAGAAAUUGAUGAACUUGAAGAAGAAAUUAUGAAACACAUGUUGCGGUUGACAAAGCUAGUUCAACAACAUCAAAGUUCUUCCAACCCGAGAAAUAAAAGACGAUACUACAAUAGGGACCAUGCGGCAGGCCACGAUCGUUUAGCCGCUGAUAACUUUUCCGAUGAUCCAGUGUUCCCUGACGACAUCUUCCGCCGACGUUUUCGAAUUAGGAAAGAAUUAUUUUUACGCAUAGUCAAUGCAUUGCAAAGUCGUUAUGAAUAUUUUCAACAAAGGGAAAACACUGCUAAAAUGACCAGUUUAUCAACGCUACAGAAAUGCACCGGCCAUUCGACAAUUGGCAUAUGCUACACCGGCGGACACAAUGGAUGA